AUGUUGACCAAGUCAGUGGCUCAUCUAACUGUCGUUCUUACAGGUGCGAAAUUUGCGGCUUCAUUUUUGGAGAAAUGCAUCACCUACAUUGCCGAGAAUGCGUCGGAAUGUGUCAAGACAAACGCAUUCCUGAAUCUAACGAAGGAGGGUCUCAUCCAGGUCAUAUCCUACGAUAAUCUCGGCCUGGAAGAAGAGGACGUUUGGCGGUGUGUGCUAUCGUGGGCCAAAAAUCAAGCCGGAGUGACACAGCCAACCGCGCACUGGACGGAGGAGGAACGCCAACGUGUAUGUCAACAGCUAGCUCCGGUCAUUUCGCACGUUCGUUUGUUCCUCAUCGACAGUCAGGUGUUUGCCGAGGAAGUUGAACCCACUGGAGCCGUUCCGAUAGAACUUUCCCUGGAACGCUACCGGCGUGCUGCAUUGCAUUCCAACAAACUACCCGCGUCAGCGGUGCCAGUUCCGGCUGGACCACUAUCGGAAAACGACAAGCGUCUACAACCUCGUUUGAUGCUCAACCUGUACCAUGGAUCGACGAUUCUGAAGAAUGACAAAAUUCACAUGCAAGGAACGCUGAACGGCUUCUACGGAGUGCCGAAGCAAACGUGGCGCUUGGUCUACCGUGCCUCAACGAACGGUUUCUCAGCUGCAGCGUUCCACCGACAUUGUGAUGGAAUUGCACCGUUGUUUAUAAUCGCGUUGGGAACUCAAGGUGCCAUCAGUGGAGGCUUCACAGACGUGGCAUUCGCUAAAACCAACCGAAAAGGCGGCUACAUCCACUCGGAGAAGGCAUUCCUGUUUGCCUUGAACUACAGCAACGAGCCACCAAUGAAGUUCGACAUCAUCAAGAAACCGUACGCGAUAUGCUACCAUCCAGACUGUGGUCCCAUUUUCGGAGCGGGAGCCGAUUUGCUCAUUUCGAACAAUUGCAACGUGAACCUGGAAUCGUAUUCGAACUUUCCCCACUCGUACGACGGCCCGAAUGCCGUGGUUGGAAAUCUGUUCGGGGAAUAUAAUUUCUCGAUUGCGGACUACGAGGUGUUCACUCUUGCUCCAUCGACUGGGCCUUCCGGGAUCAAGAUGAAGCAUGAUCGGUAUCCUUGAAU